AUUCAAGAAAAUAAACUAAUUCUCUGACAUAUUAACCAUAGAUUGUUAUUUUAGCCUCACUUCUGGCUUCUGUAGCUGAAGGCUAGGGUCAGACGAGGGUAUGAAAAGCCUUCUCAGCUUGACACAACUCUGAUCCUCUUCUACAUUCCCAGCCUAAUAAAGCAUGCAGCUGCAGAUCUCUCCAGGGGAGGCUGAACACAAAAACUAGACACAUCAAAGAAUGCUGGAAACUGUAAAAUGUCCUUAAUAGGUCUGUGAUGUUCCUGCAGCCUUCAGAUUUCUGACAAGAACAAUCUUAAAGUGAGGCAGAUGAAGAAAGUCAAGCGAGAAGAUGAGGGGGUGCACCUCCGGAGGAAAAUCAGCUUGCUGCCAGCCGUGUCCCUCAUCAUCGGUACAGUGGUGGGCAGUGGGAUCUUCAUCACGCCCAAGGGGGUCCUGAUGAACAGCGGCAGCGCAGGGGUGUCCCUGUUGGUGUGGGCACUGUGUGGAAUACUCUCAAUGUUUGGAGCUUUGUGCUUCGCUGAGCUGGGCACCAGUUUUACUAAAUCCGGGGGCCAGUACACCUACCUGCGCGAGACCCUGGGGCCGCUGCCGGCCUUCCUGCGCCUCUGGGUCACCUUCCUGUUCACGAGGUGGGUUCCGUUCGAGACCCGAGUCAUCGUUAAAUGCCAGUCUCACACACGUGCCGUCUCCAGACCGGCCUCUGCCUCCUACGUGUCCCUGGCCUUCGCUCGCUACCUGGUGGAGCCGUUUUUCACGCCCUGCGCAGCUCCCAGCGUCCUCAUCAAACUGGUCAGCAUCGUCGCAGUGACGCUCGUGGUGGCCGUCAACUGCUGGAGCGUGACCCUGGCGUCUCGCACCCAGGUGACGUUGGCGUUUACCAAGAUGUUUGCCCUGGUCCUCGUCGUCGUCCCUGGUGUCAUGAUGUUGGUGAAAGGAAAGACACAAGUUUUAUUGGAUGGUUUUGAGUUUGACUCAGUAACUCUGGAUAAGUUGCCACUGGCUUUCUAUAACGGCCUCUUUGCCUAUGGAGGAUGGACUCAACUGAACACUGUCAGAGAAGAGAUCAUAAACCCAAACAGGAACAUUCCACUGGCAAUAAUCUUGUCCAUGGUGACAGUGAUGGUGUUUUAUCUGCUCGUUAACGUGGCCUACUACACCGUGAUGACUCCUGCUGAGCUGCUGAUGUCUGAUGCUGUGGCCAUGACGUUUGCCAACCGUGUUUUCCCAGGAUUAGCCAUAAUUAUCCCUGUUCUUGUGGCUCUUUCCUGUUAUGGAACACUUAACGGGACUUUCUUUGGAUCACCCAGGACACUGUUUGUAGGAGCCAGGGAGGGACACUGGCCAUCAAUCUUUUCCAUGAUUCACAUCCGCAGACACACACCUUUAGCUGCUUUGCUGCUGCAGUACCCUGUGGUGGUGUUGAUGCUAAUUGAUGGCGAAAUCUACCAGCUCCUCACUUAUUCCUCCUUUGCUGGCUGGUUCUUCAUCGCCUUGACAACCUUGGGGAUGCUCAUCCAUCGGUAUCGUUUUCCCCAACAUCCAAGGCCUUUCAAGGUGCCCAUAGUCAUUGCGCUCAUCUUCACAGCUGUGUGUUUCUUCAUCGUGGGUCUGUCUAUGUAUUCGGAUCCCUGGAACACAGGGAAAAGCUGUGCUCUCACGCUGACUGGAGUCCCAGUUUACUACUUGAUUGUCAGGAGCUUUCGUCUGCCCAAAAGAUUGAAAAGCAUAUUUGACUGCUGCAGCAUGCAUUUGCAGAUCCUCCUUGAAGUGGUUCAACAGGAAAUUCAGACUUACUGAAGAUCAGAGGACAUCCCAGUUUGAUUCAACCAAGUUUCAGCUUCCUGUUAAAAAUCACACAAUCAUGUGGAGUGAAUGAAUAGAGCAAGAUGAUAAAAGCACAUCACACUAUAUGAGGCACCAACACCACCAGGUUUAUUGUAGUCAUAGAAAUACCAACAGGGCUCUUUGCUCCUCAAUGGCCACUGUGAACACAUCAACUUACUGCAGUGUAAAAACUCCAAGAUAUAAACAUACAUGCCAACAAACCUGUGGGAAUGAUUAAGCCUUGCACCUACAAAAUGCGUUUGGAUGAUGUUACGAAAAUGUUUUUUCCCACCUGCGCCCCAAUGAGAAAUAAUGGCUGUAUGAAUGUGCUAGGUACAAAUGGUUUGUUGUUACCAAAUGUCAAAGCAUGCAAAAUAUGCCUCCUUGCACGUACAAAGUGCUCUAAAGAACAAUCACAGAGUAUUUGUAGUCGUGUGGGCAAGACAGUUCCAGAAUUAACAUAAGCCUAUUGCUGUUAGUGCUAGGGGCUGGGUGAAGCAUCUCACUGGCUUAUUAAGCAAUAUAUUGCAUUCAAUUUACAUAUGUAAAAGCUAAUUAUAUAUUAAAAUGUGCAAAUCAA